GGGGAGAACGCAAUACGACGCUCAGCAACUCAACCAGAGUCUCAUCAAGGCAGCAGCACCCGACGGUUCGCCACAACAUCCACAUCCUCCAGCACUGCCUGUUCUGCAGCUAUUCCCCUUCCUCCACUGGUGCUCCUCGCCCCCCGUAACGAACGACAACCUCACCCUCGAGCGACCCUUUUCACUGUGUCGCAACAACUACGCAUCCUGCUGGAAUCCCUACAUCCCUCCUUCGACGAGGCCCGGCCGCCAACAUGAAGCCUGCCUCUCCAACCUCAACGACGUCAGAUCCUCCGUCUCUGUCUGCAGCAGCGGCAGGUGCUUCCACAACGCCGGUCGAAGACGACUCGAUACAACCACCAUCCACCGUCGUUUCCAUCGACACAAACACCACUCGACCACAGUCCGCACGACGAACGAGAAGAGGAACGGCAUUCUCGUGGAAGACGUUUGCGAAAUUCAUAGGGCCGGGUUACAUGGUCGCAAUUGGUUAUCUAGAUCCGGGGAAUUGGGCGACCGAUUUGGCUGCCGGAUCGGAAUACGGAUACUCCCUGCUGUACAUCAUUUUAACGGCCAACAUCAUGGCCGUACUCCUACAAUAUCUAUGCAUCAAGCUCGGGGUAGUGACGGGCAGAGAUCUCGCACAAGCAUGUCGGCGAAACUUCCAUCCCGCAUUGAACAUCGCACUCUACCUACUAAGCGAGUGCGCAAUCGUUGCUACAGACAUUGCGGAAGUCAUUGGGACCGCCAUCGCUUUGAAGCUUCUGUUCGGGAUACCGCUUUCAGCGGGUGUGGUCUUGACGUCGUUGGACGUGCUGGUGAUUUUGGCGGGGUGGAAUGUGAAGCAUUUAAAGGUGUUUGAAAUGGCCAUUAUUGGGUUGAUGGCCGUUGCGGGACUUUGUUUUGCUAUCUUGUUGGGCAAGAGUCAUCCGGACUGGAAGGAGGUCGGGGAGGGGUUCGUUCCGACCCUGGGAGUGUUGAAGGAUAAGGACCAGCUGUACAUUGCCCUGGGGAUAAUCGGCGCAACUAUCAUGCCACACAACCUCUUCCUCCACUCCUCCAUCGUGAAAUACCGCGCCUCCUCAACAACAACCCAUCUCGGCGACAUCCAAGAUUUUGCCGAAAUCGAAUCCGACGAAGAAGACGAAUCCCUGUUACCCCCACCACCCGUCGCCAACAAACCCCGCAUAGACGAGAUCCUCAAAAUGAGCAACCUCGACUCCAUGAUCGCGCUCACAUUCGCCCUCGCCAUCAACGCCGCAAUACUCAUCGUCUCCGCCGCAAACUUCCGCGAUCUCAAAGUCGCCGAGCUCGAGGACGCUUAUUACCUCCUGCAGCAGAUCCUUGGGUGGUCGGCGGGCACCCUGUUUGCGGUUGCGUUGUUGUUUGCGGGGCAGAGUAGUACGAUUACGGGCACGAUGGCGGGACAGAUUGUCAUGGAGGGGUUCCUGGGGUCGGAUUUUAGGAUGAAGCCGUGGCUGAGACGGCUCGUUACGAGGGUCCUAGCCAUUGCGCCGUCGCUCUUGGCGGCUGUGUUCAAGGGCGAUGAGGGGGUUAACAGCCUGUUGGUGUUCAGCCAGGUCGUGCUGAGCAUCCAACUCCCCUUCGCAGUCUGGCCCCUCGUCUACUUCACCUCCCGUCAAAAAAUCAUGACAAUCACCUGCAAAACCGACCCGGACUCCACCACUCCAACGCCCACGGAAACAGCCCCCCUCCUCCCCCAAACCCAAACAUCCACCGUCUCAUUCGCAAAUAGCACCAUCACCACCGUCGUGGCGGGUAUCAUAGCCACCCUGAUCUCGGCUUUCAAUGUUGUGCUUGUUGUGCAGGUAGUGGCGGGAUGAUAUGUUUGGUUAGGGUACGUAGAGUUCUUGUAGAUUUUGCGUUUUAUGCGGCCAAUCAUAUAUAUAUGAUAGAGAAAGGCAGAUCAGAAAAGACCAUCGUUGCUAGCUACACAGAUACAUGCUUCACAUUGUUCGCCCAGCGGAUUGGGUAUCGUUUGGUAGCCACAUAGCUACUACUGCUACUACGCCGAGAACAGACGUUACUAGCUAGGUUAUUUUUAAGAACUAGCUGCCUUUUGUCGGCCGCUUCAUGAAUAGUCCAUCAUAUUUUUUCAAGUAAAUGAUGAAUUGCCG